CAGAUGCUCCGAACCAUUGCCAGGCACGGCUGGAGAUCACGGUCUAGUAAACCUGCUCAAAAUAUAUCUACAAGCAAACCCGGAGCUGGUUUCAGCUUCGAACUUACUGAUGAACAGAAAGAGUUUCAAGCCACCGCUCGUAAAUUUGCCCUGGAGGAAAUUAUCCCUGUUGCUGCACAAUAUGACAAAACUGGAGAGUAUCCUCUUCCACUCAUAAAACGGGCUUGGGAACUUGGUCUUAUAAAUUCACACAUACCAGAAAGUUGUGGUGGUCUUGGCCUUGGCAGUUUUGAAGCAUGCCUUAUUACAGAAGAAUUAGCUUAUGGAUGUACAGGGGUUCAAACUGCCAUCGAGGCAAACUCCCUUGGGCAAAUGCCAGUAAUCAUUGCAGGGAAUGAACAGCAGCAGAAGAAAUAUUUAGGAAGAAUGACAGAAGAACCAAUGAUGUGUGCUUAUUGUGUAACGGAGCCUGGAGCGGGCUCUGAUGUGGCUGGGAUCAAAACCAAAGCUGAGAAGAAAGGAGAUGAAUAUGUUAUUAACGGCCAGAAAAUGUGGAUCACAAAUGGUGGGAAAGCAAACUG